AUGGAAGAUGAUGAGGGGCUCCCGCCAAGCCUGCUCCGCCCGGAGUACCCUCUUUGCCAAGCCCUAAAAAUCGAUGCGGCCUUCCAGUACCUCGACGCCAUGAAUUGCCCUUCCAGAACGGACGAUACCCUACUGAAUGACGAGUGGAACCAAAACCCGCCACUUCUCGCCCCCGAUCUGACCACCUGCCAAGAUCUCAAUGGCAUUGUGAACACUCGCGAGAACAAGGAUGAUGAUCAGGGCCUUGCUGGGCCUCAGAGCCGUUCAAAUUGGAGAUCUUCCCCGCUCAUGAAGGAACCAGAUACAGGGGUAGGACAUCUCGCCUCCCCUAAGGCUAGCUUUCAGGCUGGCCCAAAAGACCUAAAUCUAAUCAAAACUGCCCCAUCGUACCAGAGUAUCAAAGAUUGGGCAUUAUGGCUCUUCUCCGUGCUCUGCGUAUCGACACUGAUCUCAUCUAGCAGUUUGUGCGGGCAUUCCACCUCCAAACAACUGUUGAUUGUUGAAAGGCCUAUUAAGAGACAACACACCGCACCGGUAAAGCGAUCGCAGUGUGCCAAUGGAGGUGUCCGCGGCGAUGUGUAUGAUCUUCCACUGCACGUCGCAGCGCUCUUUAUCAUAUGGGGAACCUCCACCAUUGCUUGCGCGUUCCCUAUUCUAGCGACACGAUUCCCUCGUCUGCACAUACCAGCCUCGUUGCUAUUUUUCGUCAGUCAUUUCGGAACCGGCGUUCUGAUUGCUACUGCGUUUGUGCAUCUUCUUCCUACGGCAUUUACCUCGCUUGGAGACCCGUGCUUGACCAAUUUCUGGACGACGGACUACCCGGCAAUGCCAGGAGCCAUUGCUCUGGGCGCCAUAUUUUUCGUGACCGUUGUAGAAAUGAUAUUCAGUCCAGCUCAACACGUUUGUCGUGGAGGCAGCCAAAAUGCAACCCAGCCGGCAUCUUCGUCCCUUCGCGACGGGAGAGAAACCCCGACAGCUCCAACUCCAAGAAUCACCAGGAUCGGCGAUCCUAGUCUGUCCCAGGAGCGAAGCCGUUACUGGUCGACUCUAGAUGGACGACCUCAUCUGCGUGAUAUGGGGCCGCUGAAUGGAAGAUCUUCGAGUUUUAGUAGAGCCAUCCAUCGCGUGGGUGAAGCCCCAGAAGAUAUCAUCCGUGUUGCAUCUGCGCCCGAGAUUGAGAGUCACCACGAGAAGGAGAACAGGGCCAUUCAGUCAGAUGCUGAUCGUCACGAUCACCAUUACGAACUGACCACGGACCAGAAGCGGAAGAAAGAAACGAUGCAGGUAUAUCUUCUCGAGAUGGGCAUACUUUUCCAUAGUGUUUUCAUCGGCAUGUCACUUAGUGUUUCAAUCGGCAAUGAGUUUAUCAUUCUCUUGAUUGCCAUUGUUUUUCAUCAAACCUUCGAAGGCCUUGCUUUGGGAUCGCGCAUUGCUUCACUUCCCUGGUCUGAAAGACAGCUUCAACCGUGGAUCAUGUCACUCGCAUAUGGCUGCACAACACCUAUCGGACAAGCGAUCGGCCUUGCAACCCAUACACUCUACAGUCCUGAUUCGGAAGUUGGCCUACUCCUGGUUGGCGUUAUGAAUGCAAUUUCGGCUGGGCUGUUAAUCUUUGCUUCUCUCGUGGAACUGAUGUCAGAGGAUUUCCUCAGCGAUGAGAGCUGGCGUAUUCUGUAUGGAAGACGAAGAGUUUACGCGUGCAUUCUGGUGUUCCUCGGAGCAUUCUGCAUGAGUAUCGUUGGCGCCUGGGCCUAA